AUGAUCUCGAUCGUGCGUGUGCUGACGUUGUUGUUAAGUGGGGUGUUGUGUGGAACCCGGCUAGUGCAAUGCGCAGGACAAGCCAUUAACAUGUCACAAUACAAGCUCAUGCCGCGGGUGUUCCAUUUCGACGAUUACGACGAGUGUCUGCGCGAUGAUCCAACCGUGCCGGAUGUGUACUGCAUGGUGAAGGCUGUGGUACGACCGGACGAAUCCUCGCCUGUCUGGAACGUGAUCGCUGACUUUUCCGGCAACUGGAAGCAGCAUCUCAACCACGCACAUCUCGACCGAGGCCUGUGCCUAAGCGGAUGCGUCCGGAUGUUGGCUGAGCUUGAGCGUGGAAACAUUACUGAGCGGGAGCUGGACUCGCUAAUCGUGCCAAAGUUUCAGAUCGAUUUUCCGUACAUUUUCAAAAACGGUACGUUCCGAGACGUGGACAUGUACCGGCGCAAGUACUCUGACCUGUUUGCCAAAUGCAUCAACUACGAGCUGCAGCAGAAGCAUGGUUUACAGGCCUACACAGAAAUCGAGUACUGCGACAGUAACAGAGAGUCCUAUCCGAUCGAUAAUAUGGAAAUUGCGUUCUUAGUCGUGCUAGGGGCUUUACUACUAAUUGUAGCUUCCUCCAGCUGGUACGAUCAUCGCUGCAAGCAGGAUCAUGGUCUGACACACUACAAAACGGAGCUUCCUAGCAAGGCAUCCAUGGUCCUGGUAUCUUUCUCGCUCAUUCGUAACUGGUAUCGGCUCACGUCCCGAGGUGACGAUUCUCUGAGCCGCUCCAUUCGCUAUGUGCAUGCAGUAAGAUUUAUAAUUUUCAUGAUGAUCAACAUGGGGCAUAAUGUCCUGUACGCUCAGCCUCGCAAUGCAAUCGUUAUCGAAAGGAGAUUCCAUGAGGUUGACUCUAUGAUGGUAGCCAAUGGAUCGCACAUGGUUACUACAUUCUUCGUCAUCAGUGCACUUAUGUUGGUCCUGUCGCUUGUUACUAAGGUGGAACAGACGGGUAGAAAGAUUGGAUUCCUGGAAAUAAUUAUGAUAUCAAUUGCACGCUACGUUCGCUUAACUCCCGUGUAUGCUUUCAUCAUGUUUCUGGAAGCAACGUGGCUGGUGCGUUACCUCGAUGGUCCUCUUUGGCGCAAAGGAUUCGAGACUGGUCGGACGUACUGUCGCAAGAAUUGGUGGGUCAAUUUAUUGUACAUAAACAACUAUUAUGCCACUGAUGAACCGUGUAUGCAACAUACAUGGUAUUUAGCAGCAGAUUUUCACCUGUUCGUCUACGGGUUGGUAGUAUGCGCAAUAGUAUUACGUUGCUCUAAAUUCCGGACCUACAUUCUGUCCUUUUUGCUGCUGAUUUGCACAAUGGUUGCCGCUAUUAUCGUGUAUGUGAAAGGAUACGAAGCAGUUACGGUUUUGCCACCAGAACCGCUUAGAUUUUUCUUUUGGUAUUGGGAUAUGUACCAAGGAACGUACCUACCGACGCAUAUGUAUCUGGUCAAUUACACGGCUGCUAUUAUGGGCUCCUUCUAUAUGCUUCAUCUUCAAAGAAAGAACUUCAGAACACCAAAGAUGUUUUCGUUACUGUGGUUACUCGCUGUGCUGGCUAUACCUGGAACGUUCGUGGCCGGUUAUUUCAUUUACAACAAUCUAUUCGAGACACCAUCCGUGUGGAUGUCGUUGGUAUUUCCUCUCGGACGAUUAUUUUACACUGCGCUUAUGAUUGUGCUUACUGUCGGUUUCAUCUUCCGGGCAAGCAAACCUAUCCUGCGACUGUUGAAUAUUCACCUGUUUGGCAUCCUCGGUCGUCUCACAUAUUGUGCAUACUUGUGUCACUUUUUCAUUGCCCGAGCAGUCUCUUUCGGUACAAAGCGACAGUCGAAUCUUGAGACAUUCGAGAUGAAUACUGUUAGUUGGUCCACUCUUGUAAUGUCUUACGUCCUUGGAUGGUUGCUCUGCUUGAUACUUGAAUCGCCGUUCAUUGCGCUACAGAAGAUCCUUUUCGAGGGAUUGUACGGCAAUAAAAAAUCGACCGAAACGACUCAUAACAAUCUAAAUGAAAACCUGUGUACAACGACAAUAAUUAUACCAUCUAACACUCCAGUAGAAAAGCAACAAGCAAAUGAUGAGGAAUCAUUACAAAAGUCCAUCGAACAGAUUUACUAA